CGCCUGUCCCCACAGAGCGAGGCGCUGCUGCUUGGCCGCCGUCCGCGCUGCAAGUCGGGCCCACCCACUGUAAUUCUGAACUGGCAGCAUAAUUUUCAAAGGCCCCUGCCUGGAACCAGUGUCUUACUAAUUUCUGUGACCAAGGUCUUUUGUUUUUUUUCAUUCUAUCUUUUGUUCUCUUCUGUGACUGCUCCUUCAUAUUUCUCUUGGGAAUGGCCCUACUUCCAAAAUUCAAGGGAUAAUGACUAUUCUUCUCACCUAAACUGAAUAAGCACCUUGUGCACUUUAAUCUCCUGUCAGUGCCAUCAGGCUGGCUGAAGACAGGGUUUUGAAAUCUCAGAUAUAAAGACAUCCAGCCAAAGUCUCAAUCUUGCCUUAACAAUGUUCCAGAGACUGAAUAAACUGUUCGUGGGUGAAGACAAUACUUCUUCCAACCAAGAACCAGAAUUUAGUGAGAAAGAAGAUGAUGAAUGGAUUCUUGUUGACUUCAUAGACACUUGCACUGGUUUGUCAGCAAUAGAAGAUGAAGAAGAAGACAUCAGUGAAGAGUCACCUACUGAACAUCCUUCAGUCUUUUCCUGUUUACCUGCAUCUCUUGAGUGCUUGGCUGAUACAAGUGAUUCCUGCUUCCUCCAAUUUGAAUCCUGUCCAAUGGAAGAGAGCUGGUUUAUCACCCCUCCACCGUGUUUCACUGCAGGAGAAUUAACCACUAUCAAGGUGGAAACCAGUCCUAUGGAAAACCUUCUCAUCGAACAUCCCAGCAUGUCUGUCUAUGCCGUGCAUAACUCCUGCCCUGGUCUCAGUGAGACCAGCUGUGGGGCCGACGAAUUUCAUAACCCAAGUAGUCCCGGAGUGGAAGCUCCAAAUGAAGUGGGGCCACACAUUCACUGCUAUGUUGCAGCUGUUGCUGCUCAUACAGCUUUUCUGGAACAACCCAAGAGCUUUCGCCCUUCCCAAUGGAUGAAAGAACACAGUGAAAGACAGUCUCUGAACCGAAAUAGCCUUCGUCGCCAAAAUCUUACCAGGGAUUGCCACUCUCGGCAAGUCAAGCACAAUGGCUGGGCUGUCCAUCAGCCCUGCCCACGUCAGUACAAUUACUAAGAAUUUCAAGUUUGGUUGGUUGAUUUCUCUUGGUUUGUACAUGUGUGUGGAUGUGUGUGUUUGGAUGUGAAGUUUCUUUACAGCCACUUGAUGACCAAUCACAUAGUAGAUUUAUCAGUGUGUUUAGACACUAUCUUGAAAACCAGAUCUACAUGCUGUGUAUCACAUAAUGCCUUGCUCUUAACAUUUACUUUUAUGUAAACUUUUUCAGAGUAUUUUUGGAAACAUAUCAAUACAGUUACAGUGUUUGGUGUUUGGGGAUGUCUUUAAAUCUAUUAAAAUGUACAUGAGUUAGCAUUUUAAAGACAUUUCUUCUCAAGUAUGAGAAUAGGCAUCUUUCAGUUUCAUUUUAUUUUGUAUUACUUAAUCAAUCUUUUGAGUAAGCAAAAAUUUAUUCUCAGGGUCAGCCAUACACUUUAUUGACCAGUACUUGAUAAUCUUUUCUGUAUAUAAUGAAUACAUUUUUACACACUAACAUGAGCAUUAACAGGUUAUAGUUGCCAUGGUUAUAAUGGAAUUAUGGCUGAAUUUUCUUUUGAAAGAAAACUUGAUAUAUUUCUGUGUGUAUGUUUUUUUUUUCCAAGAUUAGCCAUGCAGUUCAUUUUGGAAUUCAGGUACAUUAAGUGUUAGUGAACAGCGCAUUCAGUAAUUCUGAUGUGACUGUGUGACGUGGUACAGACAUUACAGAUAUCAUGAGACGAAAGCACUUGUCUCACGUGCAGAGGGAUUAAAUCAGACCUGUGAAAUUGUAUUUGGAACAGUGUAUGUCCAUAACUACCCCAUUAGUCCACUAUUUAAGUUGUUGGGAUUCUUUCCUGCUAGCUCUGCCUACUCACCACCUCACAUCAGCUGUAAAUUCAGAAGUACUUGUCCAGGCAUUUGAGUGACUUUGUAUUUAUAUCUGCCCAAGGGAAAAGUGAUAGGCUUUAUAUUUCUGAUAUAGUGAUAAAUCCUUUGCCAUGGAACCUAUCCUGCCAAGUGGCGAGCAAGGAUGAAGGGAAAUUCCUGGUCAUACCUUAUAGUGGUGUCUAAAUGAAGAGUGACAGUUUGGCUUCCUUGAGUUUUCAUUUUUUGUUUUAAGUGUGGCUUCUGGCAAAAUCUUUAACCACUUUGGCCUGUUUUCUCCACAAACAGGAGAGCAGUAAUAGUUACCUCCCCUCACAGUUGUUGUGAGGACCAUUUCCUGAUUUCAAGUGGGGCUAUGCAGAACUGUACCAUGUGUGAAAUUCCAAGGGCCUCUCUGCUGAAUCUAGUGAUGGGGAUGGGGCCUGUGGCAGUUUUUCUACCACGACUGUUCUUCAGUGUUGGUGCUAAUAAGGCCAGAGUGCAGAGUUUGAUGCCCAGGGAUGCCAGGGAGAUUAGGUUAACUCGACAGGGAGAAGAUCUAUUUCUUACCUCUAGCCAGUCACUUUAUUUUUCAUCGGUUGUGAUGGGUUUUGCUGAGCCAUCCACACUCUCACUGAUUUCUUCUGAAAUUAAGUUAAGCAUAUUUACAAUCCAAAGCACAUUCUGCUGACAGAAUGGUAGUAUCAUCUUCAAAAUCAAAUAGCUUCUUUUCCCAUCUCUUCUGAAACCCUAAUUAAAUAAGUACACGUCUCUACAAUGUUUCAAGGGGGAAAGCAGCAUAUAGUUAUGUGAAGUAUUAUUAUAUUUCUCAGUAACUUUGUAGCACUUAAUGUGGAGAACUAUGGGAGACUGAUUUUUCCAGUGAAGAGCUGUGCUCUUUUCUGACGAGACUGGGAUGUUUGGAGUCAGAAACGGUCAAAUAGUGUAGUUAGAUGGUGGCGGUAGGUUUUUCUUCCACUGGCGUUGAUGAAGUGCCAGGAAUGUCUCUUUAGAACAAGAGUCUAGAUCCCCUUUUUUCCUUAUUCCCUUUCCAUUUCAACUACCCCGUUAUUUAUUUUUUUUCUAAUUAGGGGCCAAGUCUGUAAAGUUUUGUCAAAGUAAGUUAGAAGUUAUUUUGUUACUAUUUGUGUUUACCUGAGUUGGGAGAUAAGGUAGAGUUUUCAUGAGGGUGUGUGUGUUUUUACAUCAUGUCUGUUAUAGGGCCAUAUAUUGGUAACUUGAAAAUAGACCAGCUAAAUGUUUUCUUGAUAUAAGCCUCUGAAUACAUGGGCGUCUCAUUUUUAUAUAUUACAUGCAAGUUGUUGUUAGUACCUCACGAGCUAUAGAAGUUCAGCCAUGAGAAUUUGUUUGGCAGCGUGAACAGAUUUCUAUAUAAAACUGCAGUGGUCCUUUUUUAUUUUAUUUUAUUUUUUCAGAUUUCCUGAUAUCUUAAAUACAUUUACAUCUCUUUCAGUUAUUGCCUUUUUGUUUUCCUUAUCUGGGCCUAAUUUUUUAUGCUUUGUUCCUGGAAGACAAAUGAUUUCAGUCUUUGGGAUGUUUUUUUCAGGUCUGUGAUGUGAUAUAUUGUGGUUUCUGUCUAAAAUUGGCACAUAUAAGAACUGAAGAAAGUAGUUACAUAAUUCAGUUGAAGUUCUUGGUUGUUAGAUGUUUGUUAGGCAUUUGCUAUGUGCAAGACAUGUUAAGUAUUCUUUGAAACAUGGCCAAAAUAUAAUUUAUUAUAAAUUAAUUAUUUUUGCUAUUGUAAAUAUUAGUGGUUUACAAUGUUCUUUAGUGCAUAUUUCUUAAAAUUCACACAAUGAGAAAUAAGACCCCUUUGAAUUUAGUGCUCUGACUGUUUCUAAACUGAUAAUAUAGAAUGUUACUUGGAAAAAGUCUGGAAUAUGUGGUAUAUACAAGCAGUGCUUAUGAGUGAGUUUCUUAGUUUUUAUAAUGCACCAUGUUUCUCAAAGUUUGUGUUCUCAUUAAUAAAACAUUUUACAAUGUAUAUCCUAUGUUUAUUACUUCUUCCUCAACUAACUGAAUUAUGUACUGCACUGUAAAUUGAAGAUUAACCAGAAUUAAUUUAUCUUCUGUGGCAAUGCAUUUAUAUAGUUGGCUGAAUGGGGAAUUUUUUACAGAAGGUGCAAAGUGUUUGGAUUUUUGACUUCCUAUUCUAGGGAGCUUGUUAAACAUUAACUUUCUGUCCUUUUUUCCAGUUUACAUGCAAACUGCUCCUUUUUACAUACCUUCUCUGUUGUGUCAGUACUCUGAUUCUAGUAAGAAGACAGUUUACUUAAAACUUGAAAGAGCCACUUAGCAUUGCCUAUUGUUUUUGUUUUCAAAUCUAUGUAGCACAUUGGUUGGUAAUCUUUACAUUUUCACUGAAUCUGACUUUGCUAUUUCUCUUCCUCCUCAAGGAAAUAUAUUGUCUUUAUAUCUUUUUAAGAGAAAAGAGCAAAGAAGAAUAUCUUAUCCUCAUUUUCUUGAGUUGGAAACAAGCAAAAAAUGAAGAACUCUAACUAGAACAUAGACAUUUAAACUUAAAUAGAUUAAUGGGGAAAGUUUAGGAAUUUCCAAGUAUUAUUUUUUGUUUUUAGAAUCAGUUAAGAGACUGCUCCUUGUACUGGAGAUACUAGCAUAUGUUUGUAAUGUUACCUUAAAAUUAUCUUAUUUUAAAAGGCCCAUCAUAGAUUAAAUUCUUUUAAAAGUGGGGAUACUAUCAUGGAUGUUUCACUGCCAUCAGCCAUGUUGAUGCAUUAUAAAUGGCAUCCUUAUCUACUUACUUUAAUGCUUAAAAUUUUAUUUAAAAUGCUUUAUUUAGAAAACCAACAUAAUGUUUGGUGUCAGCCUUGCCAUGUACCAGUUUCACUUGAAAUUUGACACCAGUUACAGUGGUUUGGGGUGGAGAAAGAGGUAACUGGAAAGCAUACCUAUAAGAAGAAUAUCUUUUUUCUAUUUGCAACAGUAUCCUUUAUGUAGGAAGUUACUAUUCAAAGGAAGGCAGCUUAAGUGGAUAAUAUUUUAUAUAUCAUUGAAAUUUUCCUUACACUUUUAAAAAAUUGUAUAAUUGUUAAAUGCCCAGUUUUGCUCUGUAUUUGCCAGAAGUUUUGGUAUUUCUUUUCUAAAUGGACUUCUGAAAACCAAACCAGUACUUGGGGAGGUUAGGUGUGUAUGUUUCCAGGCUUGGUGUGUGUGAGUGGUUUUGCUUGCUUUUUGGUUGUAUUUUCCUCCAGAGGAUUGGAACUUUAAUCAGUAAUUGUGUGUGUUAUUUAAAGAAAAAAGUGGCUUUGUUUUUUUUCUCAUGUAAAAUUGUGAACACAUUUGCUUUUCAAGGGCAGGGCAUCAGUUACAGAGACUGAAGAGUGUUUUAGAUUGUAUUAUGUGCCUUCUUGAUGUGUUUCUGGACACAAAAUUUUUUUCAACAACUUGAAAACUAAAAAGGGACAUUUGGUUAGAUUAUAUACUGUACAUCAAUCUAUGCAUAAAUGGCAGCUUGUUUUCUUGAGCCACUGUCUAAAUUUUUUCUGUUUUUAUAGAAAUUUUUUAUACUGAUUAGUUCACAGCUGGUCAGUUUUAUACACAGACUAAACAAUACAGCACUUUGCCAAAAAUAAGUGUAGCAUUGCUUUAAAAUUGUGUAUUAACACCAGUUCUUUGUAAUUGGGUUCAGUGGUGUAUUAUGCACUACCUGGAGUUAUGGUUAUUAAUCUGUCA